GAGGAAAACGGAAGCUUCGUUGUAGCUAUCUCCUCUGCUCCAAAGGCACUACUCGUACUCAUCCUCUCCCUGCCCGUCCAGCUCAGCGCCGCGCGUCCAACUCUUCCUCCUCCUCCGCACUGCCGCCGCCGCCGUUCUCCACGCCGCCGAGAGGUACGAGGAACCUGCCCUACACCCUACGCACUCGCGUCCGCGACCCGCCUCGUCACCUUGAACUUCUUCGCAAGCCGUGCCGUGAGGAAGAAUGGAUAGGCUCGACGGUUCUGCGCGUCUUAUGAUCGUUUCGGAUCUUGAUCAGACGAUGGUUGAUCAUUGUGACCCAGAGAACUCGGCCUUGCUUCGGUUCGAGGCGCUCUGGGAGUCCGAGUACUCCCAAGAUUCUCUGCUGGUGUUCUCGACCGGAAGAUCGCCUGUCAGCUACAGGGGAAUCAGGAAAGAGAAGCCUUUGCUCACACCGGACAUCACUAUCAUGUCUGUGGGCACUGUGAUAGCAUAUGGUGAGGAGAUGACUCCCGAUUCUGAAUGGGAGGAAUUUCUGGAUAACAAAUGGGACAGGAAUGUUGUUGCUAUGGAGACUGCUAAGUACCCUCAGCUGAAGCCACAGCCAGAGAGGAAUCAGGGUCCCCAUAAGGUCAGUUUUUUUGUCGACACGCAGGGUGCUCAGGAAGUGAUUAAUUCUCUCCCUCAGAAAUUGGAGCAGUUUGGGCUAGAUGUGAAGAUAAUCUAUAGUAGCGGGGAGGCCCUGGAUGUAUUACCACGAGGUGCCGGGAAAGGGCAAGCUCUUGUAUAUUUGCUCGAGAAGUUCAAUUCUUGUGGGAAGCCACCAAACAAUGUUCUUGUGUGUGGUGACUCUGGCAAUGAUGCAGAUUUAUUUAGUGUUCCAUCUGCCCAUGGUGUCAUGGUUAGCAAUGCCCAAGAGGAGCUCCUUCAGUGGUAUGAAGAGAAAGGCAAGGAUAAUUCUAAGAUGAUUCAUGCAACAGAAAGAUGUGCUUCCGGUAUCAUUCAAGCUAUUGGGCACUUCAAACUAGGACCUAAUAUUUCUGCAAGAGAUCUUGAAUUCCCGUAUCCAAAGGUAGACACCAUCAAGCCUGCAGAUGUAGUGGUGAAGUUCUAUGUUCUCUACGAGAAGUGGCGGAGGGGUGAGGUCCAAAAGUCUCCAUCAGUUAUGCAGUACUUAAAAAACAUUACUCACCAAAAUGGUACACUGAUUCAUCCUUGUGGAAGGGAACGGUCAAUUCAUGCAUCCAUUGAUGUACUGAGUUCAUGCUAUGGUGACAAACAACGAAAGAAGUUCCGAGCAUGGGUGGACCGACUUGUUACAUCACCAAUUGGCACAAGUAACUGGUUGGUGAGGUUUGUCAAGUGGGAAACGGAAGGUGAUGUGCGAUAUUGCUGCCGCACAACUCUUCUGCUGAAUAUGAAGCCUGAGGCUCCAGAGGGCUUGGAAUUGACACACAUCCACACGACCUGGCUUGAGGGCUACUCAGCAACAAAUGAGCAAACCUUCAUCUUAUAGAUCCUCUGAAGAGUCAAGAUAGAAUAAAUAAUGUACGGCGUGUAAAGUGAUCUCUCGGUUGUUUCGUACUGUUGUAACUGCGGUGAUUCUCCCAGAGAUAUGGAUUGAUGCUCAUGUUGAUUCCAUGCACAAAGAAGAAAUGUUCAAUGAUUUGGUGUCAUGAACUUAAUGAGACCCAUAAAGUACGUGACUGAUCUCACUGCACUAGAACAUUGUAAAUAAACUUCAGUUCUCGAUGGACCUGAUGCUCUGAGCUGCUGCAGGUAAAGAUAUUAACCUGUUUCUGCC